AGAGCCUCACCCGCACGCCAUUCCCCGCCGUUCCAAUCCUCCGCGCGAUUAAAAAUCCAACGAGCCGCAGUAUUCUAGUAUUCCCCAGCCCGCCCCCUCCGCCCUCACUCCUCCGCGCGCCCUCGCCCUCGCCCCCGCACCAAGGCCGCACUCCAAAGCAACCGCCCGUCGCCAUCGCCAUCGCCCAUCGGCGACCCGCCUUCCCGUGCACGGAACCCUAGCGCGCUAUAAGAGCGCCUCCGCACCCAUGGCGCCCGCGGCAGCAUCCGCAUCGGCAUCGGCAUCGCUCGCCGCCACCGCCACCGCCCCGCACCACGCCCUCGCGCCCCCGCGCGCCUCCGUCUCGGUCGCCGCCGCCGGGAGGAACAGCGGCCUGUCCGUGUCGGUCGGCGUGCGCUCCGUGCCGGGGAUUUCUGUGGUUAAUUCGCAGCGGAGGAGGAUGGUCGCGGCGGCGGCGGCGACCGAGAUGGCGCCCGCGGCGAGGGGCGAGGGCGGGGGCAAGCCGUUCGUGGACGAGAUGAGGGCCGUCGCCAUGCGGCUGCACACCAAGGACCAGGCCAGGGAGGGGGAGAAGGAGCCCCAGGCGCCCCCCGUCGCCAGGUGGGAGCCCACCGUCGAGGGCUACCUGCGCUUCCUCGUCGACAGCAAGCUCGUCUUCCAGACGCUCGAGGACAUCGUCGACCGCGCCGCCGUCCCCUGGUAUGCGGAGUUUAGGAAUACUGGGUUGGAGAGAUCCGAGCCACUGAAGAAAGAUCUGGAAUGGUUCACGGAACAGGGUCACACCAUUCCAGAACCAACUGCUGCUGGUACUGCAUAUGCUUCCUAUCUGGAAGAGUUGUCUGAGAAGGAUCCCCAAGCAUUUAUCUGCCACUUCUAUAAUGUGUACUUUGCUCAUACUGCUGGAGGCCGAAUGAUUGGCAAAAAGGUUGCCGAGAAGAUUCUGGACAAGAAAGAGCUGGAGUUCUACAAGUGGGAAGGUACCCUGUCCCAGCUGCUGCAGAAUGUCCGCAUCACACUAAACCAAGUUGCUUCUAGCUGGUCUCGGGAAGAGAAGGACCACUGCCUGGAGGAGACCGAGAAGUCGUUCGCCUACUCAGGAGAUCUCCUACGCCAGAUAUUCACCUGAGCCAAGAACGAUCUCCAUUAUGUUUUAUGAUAAACAUUGUAAAUACUAAGCCAUGUCUGUGCACCGGGGAGGAACAUGCUCCGUCAGGUCUGAACUGCCUUGAAAUCAAAUUGUCAUAUCAUAUACUAAUAAUCCUUCCAUUGCA